AUGUCUCGACUGCGUAGCAGCACGCUAGACAGAGAGCGAAGAAGCAAAACCAUGUUUGCAUCAUCUUUAGACUCAACUCCCUCGACAUCAUGUCCAGCAUUUAAAUAUCAUCAAUACGACCAUCAACGAUACUCACCAGAAGGUUUUACAUACUCAUCAAACGAGCGGUCUUCCUUCAGAGAACCCACCAAUUUUGCAAAUAUUCUAGGACAAAAACCCAAAUCGGAAUUGGACACUUCUUUUUCGUUUUUGCGGAUUAUUUCAACUUUUGCAACUAAUCUAGGAAUGUUCUAUAACCCUCCUUUAAACAUUGACAACUUUUAUAACUCUGAGAAACGAAGAUGGUUGAUUGCAGGAAACUUUUCGUCAAUUUCUGUAAAUACCACAACUUUUAAUAACCUCAAUAAUAUUGCAGUUUUCAACGGGAAAGCAUGGAAAGGUCUUGGAAAUGGAACAAAUGGAAAUAUACGAACUGUGUUUAUUGAUACAUGUUUCAACAUGUAUGCAGGAGGGGAUUUUACGCAAGCGGGAAAUCUAGAGACAGGACCUAUUGCAAGAUGGUCAAUAACGAAAAGAAGAUGGGAAUCAAUUUCGGAAAGUGUAACAUGGAAAAAGAAUAGCUCGGUUCGGUCAAUAUCUGUAGACUGCUUUCAAACACCCUCUGAGAUAUCGAGAUGUCAAUGCAACGUUUGGAUUGCUGGAUCCUUCGAGUUAGAAAUUGCCUCAGGAAAUGCUUCAAAAACAGCUAUUAACGUUGCCAUGUAUCAACCGCACACUAACACAUGGUUCUCAAUGAGAGAAUACAUGGAUCAUAAUCUUACUAUUUCAAUGACUGCAAAUUCAAUAUUUAAGAGGGACUUUGGACAAACAUUUCAUUCAAGGAAAACAUUUGUGGGAGGAAAGUUUCCUUACAUUUUGACUUGGGAUCCAUAUUACAAAAAUUGGAGUAAGAUUAUGAUGAAUGAUACAAAUGCAGAAGUGACGCAAAUUCACUUCCACAAAUCUAUUCUCGGAGUUAAUCUAUUUAACUACUGGAACUAUGUUGUUGUGGGAAAAUUUGAGUUUACCUUUCCAGAUGGGGAUUCCAAUUCCACGUGCAAAAAUCUGUGCAUGAUGGAUUUUAGAAAUGGGCAGUGGGUGAAAGUGGCUGACAACUUUGAGCUGCUUGAUUCACCUGUUCGACAAGUCUCAACAACAGAUGGUCAUAUUUUUGCUAUUGGUGACUUUCAAGACAUUGAUGUUGGAAAUCUUGCUGUGAUUAGUACGGACGGUGUUGUCAACUCCUUUUUCAAUAACACCAUGAUACCAAACAACAAUUACACCUCACUUUACUUGUGUAAACAAACAGACCUCGAUUGCACUCUGUACAGUGCUGGUCUUGCAGACACACAGGGACGAAUUUGGUUUUAUGACAGCGAGACAAGAAACACGCACCUUUUCGGCACGAUUAAUGCUGGUGGACUUAUCAGCUACUUGUCGUCCAUCUACUUAUACUUUCUAAGCGAUUACAUGUAA